CGCACACAGGCGAUCACCACUCGGUCGUCACCGUAUCCUACUGUAUACUGUUGCAGCGAGGGAAAGUUUCGACAAGAGAUGUCACCUGAUUGGGAUUGAAAGAACUUUUUAAAAAAUCUUUCUCCCCACCCCCACCGAUUAGGAGACCGCCCACCACAGACAGUCGGCCCGAGACCCCUUAUAGAUUUAAAAAGAGAGGCUGCAUUCACAGACUGACAUUCAUUCAACACUGCCAUCUUAAGCAGAUUACUUUACCGCUGCCUGUUCCAAUAAACUCGCUCACUUUGCCUCCAACAUGCUAAGGAUGCUAAAGAAACGUCAGCUCCAUUCGGGCAUGAUUUUUUUACUCAUGUGGCUCUGUCAUUUCAUUGAAGAUCAGAAAGUACAAGCUGGUAACUGCUGGCUACAGCAGGGGACUAACGGAAGGUGCCAGUUCCUAUACAUGCCUGGAAUGAGCAGGGAAGAGUGCUGCAGAAGUGGCAGACUGGGGACCUCUUGGACUGAGGAAGAUGUGCCGAACAGCACGCUGUUCAGGUGGAUGAUCUUCAAUGGAGGAGCCCCCAAUUGCCUACCCUGCAAAGAAACAUGUGACAACGUGGACUGCGGCCCUGGAAAGAAAUGUAAAAUGAAUAAGAGGAGCAAACCUCGUUGCGUCUGUGCCCCAGACUGCUCCAACGUUACCUGGAAAGUCCCCGUGUGCGGGUCCGACGGAAAAACGUACAAAGACGAGUGCGCUUUGUUGAAAGCGCGGUGUAAAGGUCACCCAGACCUCGAGGUGCAGUAUCAGGGCAAAUGCAAGAAGACAUGCCGUGAUGUUCUAUGCCCGGGUAGCUCAACAUGCGUAGUGGACCAGACCAACAAUGCGUAUUGUGUGACAUGUAAUCGGAUUUGUCCCGAAGUAACGUCGCCUGAGCAGUACCUGUGUGGAAACGACGGGAUCAUCUAUGCCAGUGCUUGUCAUCUGAGAAGGGCUACAUGCCUUCUUGGCAGAUCAAUUGGAGUUGCAUAUGAAGGGAAAUGCAUCAAGGCCAAGUCGUGUGAUGACAUCCAGUGCAGCGCGGGGAAGAAGUGUCUCUGGGAUGCGCGGAUGAGCAGGGGGCGCUGUUCUCUGUGCGACGAGGUGUGUCAGGAGAGCCGGUCGGACGAGGCCGUGUGCGCUAGCGAUAACACCACGUACCCCAGCGAGUGCGCCAUGAAGCAGGCCGCUUGCUCUAUGGGGGUUCUGUUGGAGGUUAAGCACUCUGGAUCUUGCAACUCCAUUACUGAAGACCAGGAGGAAGAGGAGGAAGAUGAAGACCAGGACUACAUGGCUUAUUUCCAUUUAUCAUCAUUACUGCACGGAUAA